AUGUCGCUCGACUCUGCCGACAUUGCCGUAGAGAACAUGUCCGAAGACAGUCAAGCCAGCAGCGACCUGCCCGAUUACGACGGACAGAACACGAUUGCCGAGGAGGACGAUUUCGAAACCACGUCCAUGGUCAUCAUGUCGGAUGAUGCUGGCCAAGUCUACGCACCGCCUGCUCGUAUCGCCGCUCGUUUCUACCGCGAUCCCAAGUCUCGCCAAUACAAGUCCUCGGCCGCUUCAUCCCGUCGCAACUCGCUGUCCUCGAUCCAGUCGCAUACCUCGACACGUUCGCUACGUCGCUCUUCGUCAUGUCAGAGCAACUACAUUGCACAACACCUGCGCAGGGCAUCCAUCAUCGAAGCCCGGAAAGCACGACUCGCCGACCGCGCCGCACAUGCCGAAAAAGUCCGUCUACGAGCCGCCAUGGCCAAGGCUGCUCCUAGAGGAGAUGCCAGUGCUAGUGAAGAGCGAGCCCUGGCUGCUCAGAUGGCUCGCGAGAACCACCUUGCAAAGGUCGCAGCAGCAUGCGCUGAGGAGGUCCAAAGAGCCAAACAGAAGGCACAAGAAAUCAAGACCAGGAAACUCGAAGAAGAGAAGCAAGCUCGCUUGGAUAUGGAAGAGAGGUUGGCAGACGCCGACAGAAGGAGGGCAGAAUACAAGCGCAAUUUGACCUCUCGCAAAACACGACGAGCCAGCGAGCAGGAGAAGAAGCUGGCCGACGUUUCCGAAGCCGACGACGACACGAGUCCAAAGCUACACGAAGAGACAGCCGUCUUGAGGAUACAACGAGCAUGGCGGGUGCGACGACGGAGGUUGAUUGUGAAUGCCUUUGCAGAUUUCCAUCUCAGUCUAGGAAGCGUUCAAGAACGCUCCUUCGAGGACGUAGGCGCUUUGCUCUCCGAGACACCCAUCAUUCAAGCUACUACUCGAGUUCUUCGUCUCCUUACUCUGCAAGAUGUUGAGGAUACACCGUCACCUCAGGCUACCCGCACCUUCCUUAGCGCUUAUCUCGUCAUCGUCCAUCCAGCCUCCGUCUUCAGCAAAAACGGUGCACAGGAGCAGCAUCUUAUGGCCAAAGCCCGCGAGUUGGUUGAUUGCUUCGAGUCUACCAUAUCUAUGCUUUCGCGUUCAAGUCGCUUCGAAGCCCCUACAGCUAGGCUCCAGGACUUAUCACAACUAUACACAACUUAUGGUUCUGCCUUCGAUGCAUGGAGAGCUCAAGAUUCAUCGGCUCUGGUCGAGACUAUGGUCGCUUCAUUUGUCGAGCUUGACGCUAUUUGGCAGACGGUGAAAGACGACACCCAAGGCGCAGUUGCAGAAGACUACCGUCAAGGAAUUCGCGAUAAUCAGGUCAUGCUUCUUAGCAAAAUUCGAAAGUUAGCUGGCCCAGACCGUGCCGACUUCCUCAUCAAGAAGGCUAUUCGUGAGAGCCGAAGGAGGCGCGUCAAGAGAAGAUCUGCUGCCGAAGUCCGUCCUCGCGCCGCCGCCGAUGUUGAAGGAGCCCAAACCGAGUCUACUGAAACAUUACCCAUUGUUGCAGAGACCAGCUCGCGGGACCCAGCUCACGACGAGGCUGAAUCACAAGAUGACGUUCGACUGAGCCUCGCCCGUUUGUUCUCACCGAUCCCAAGCAAUCGUGUAUUGACUCACGAGCUCGCUAUCGACAAAGAAUUCCGCAUUUCCUCCGGUACUCAUUCAGACAUCCGUGAUGCUGUCAAUCGCGAAUUAUGUGAUGGUAUGCGGGAUGGAGUUGAGCACGGCUUGGGGACCCCGUGGACCGUCGCUAUGGCUCAAGAAAUCAGAGCCAAGCUCGUGCACAUCGUGAAGCCUGGUAACUCCAUGCACGAUUUCAUUGUUGAGGCUCUGGAUACAGAUCUCAUCUAUCGACAGUGCGAGCAAGGCAUCUUCUCGUACGCCAACUUCUUCUCCUUCAUGGCCAACAUUCUGCCAAAGCUGUGCGCACCUUUCCGUGAUGCGCAGGUGAAAGCGUUGGCCGAGGACCUCGAGUCAGAUAAUGGCGAGGAUAUGGGUGCCAUGAUCGAGAAGCUCUUCCGCCUGUUGCACUUCAUUGAUCUGCUGUCGCUCGACUACUCAAACUUCUUGUUGAUGAACGCAGCUCCCGUACUCAUACGAGAAUCAGCUGGGUACGAGUCGCGCAUAUUUGCAGCAGACAUUGCCUCAGGCAAAGUUACACUUGCAUGCACCAAUCGCUGGUGGCGCAACGCGAGCGUAAACAUGCUGACUGAAGCCGAUCGACGGGACCCGGAGCAGGUCCGCAAUCCUGCAGACAGGCCUUCAGCUCACCAUAUCUAUACUCGUGCAUUGGUUGAUCUGACUUUCGGACAGGGUCCACUUAGCAUUACUGAUGUGCCUGAGACUCUUGCUCUCGAUGUAGACCGUCUUUGCGCCAUCAAACAAAAGGCUCUGCAUAUGACCACGAUUGGUGCCAUCCUACUGGUAGCUAAGAACAUGCUCAAGCGCGAUGUGCGCAGUCCUUGGAAAGCCGAAGCAUCUCGUCUCUGGGACCUUUUNACCAAAGAGUCGCCCUCAGAAACCACGUCAGAAGAUGCCGUAGCAAGCCUUUCCUCGCGCGCCUUUGGUGUCCUCGAGAAUGCACACAACCUGCCGCCAUCCACGAAAACCGCCUUGCAGUCAGCAACCUUUCGCGUCAUCACCCAGGCCUCAACUCAACGCUUCACAGACCCUGUAGCCAAAGUUUUGGGCUCUAGAUUGCGUAGCCAUGUUUUCUCACGUGUCGUGGCCAAGACUUCGAGUGAGAGAGUCAGAGCCGCGAGUGGUGCGUCAGAAGCAUUGGCUACCGCUGGAUUGCCUGAGUUCGUGACACAAGUUGGCGAGAUGGUGGAGCUUCUGAGGAAAGUGGCAGAGGUUGACUGGGCAUCCCAUGCUAUUUGGUAUGAAGAGGUCGCUCGAGAUGUCAACAGAGCUGGCGAUGCCUAG